GAUGGCUCUGCUGGAUGGGCAGGCCUGCGCUGCCCGUGCCCUUUCUUGCCCAAGCUUUCCCGCCUGCCCAGGCAUCGUAGCGGAGGGGGCCUUGGCUGGCCGCCGCCGCCCAGGAUGCUGUUGGACACCCGGCUACCGGCCGAGGCCACGUGGGGCGAUCCCGGCUGUCUUGCCGGCCGAGCCCGCGACGCGCCCGCCAGCCGGGCCGAUGCGCGCAGCCACCUCCACCGCUCCUCGACGGAGCACCGGCCCCUGGCGGAGGCGGCCGGCCUGGAGCACGCGCUGAGAUCCUCCCCCGCGAUCCUGGCGAGCUCGAUGCGGCGCACGCCGCAGGCGCUCCCGGUUCGGCUCGCCGGCUUCUCCGGCUGCGAGUCCCUGAGGGAUGCCAGGGUCUCGUCCAUCAAGAGCUCGGUGAGCGUCGCCACGUUUUCCCCGCUGGGCCGCGACGCGAGCCCCGCCUUUCUGCGGGUGGGCGACUGGACCUUCCACGGCAGCAUGACCACCAUCUACGACGGCUCGGCCGGCUUGUCCAACAGCUGCGUCCAGAUGGGGAGGGCAGUGUCCGUGAACAGCGCCGGCAGCCGCAGCGACAUGCUCGUGGCCGUCAAGACGGUGGCUCUCGACAGCGACGAGGACAGCGUCAAGAUGAUUAGAAGAGAGCAGGCGGUUCUUGCCGACCUCGGGGACAGCCACCCGCACAUCCUGCCCAUGCUGUGCUUCACGGAGACCAGCACCGACCUCGUCCUGCUGACGCGCUUCGCCUCCGCUGGGGACCUGGCGAGCUACAUGCCGAGGAACUCACCAGUGGCGGAGGGCGAGGUCAGGAAGCUCGCUCGGCAGCUCCUCUCUGCUCUCUCCUUCCUGCACGGGCGCCGAAUUGUCCACGGCGACAUCAAGCCCCCCAACGUGUUCCUCACCGAGUUCGACGAAGCCGGCAUGCUUGCACAGGUGUCGGAUUUCGGCCUCUCCGCCAGGGUCCCCGACGGCCAGAGCGUCGUCCGCGUGGACGGCGUGCAGGGGUCCUACGGCUUUGUGCCCGCGGAGGUGAUCGACAGGGGCGAGCUCGGCUUUGCGGCCGACCUGUUCGCGCUGGGCGUGAUGGCCUUCCGCUACCUGGGGGGCCACGACCCCUUCUUUCCCCCGUCCAGGGUCCACGACCCAUAGAGUUCGACAGCAGGUCCUGGGCGCUGGUGUCGGCCAGCGCGCGGGCGUUUGCCGUGCGGCUGCUGAGCUCGGAGCCAGAGGCCCGCGGCGAGGCGGCGGCCCUCUGCGCCGACCCCUGGAUGGUCGCCGCGGACACGGCGGGGGAGGCUGCCGGGCCCGCGUCGGCCGACGAGGAGGUCCGCUUCAUGGGCCUCGCCCACGCGCGCGAGGUCUGGGAGCGGGGGGACCUCUCGUGACGGCGCGCGAUCGGCCUGGGGCGAGCCUGGUGUUCGAUUACGUGUCAGAGGUCGCUCUUACGGGCAGUCGAGGUGUGCAGAGGUCGGGCCGUGGGCGCGCUUCGCGCCGGAGAGGGGGUUCGGUCGGGCUUGUGCAGCUUUUUCGGAGAAUCGCACGGCCCUCUCCGUGAGGACGCGAUGGCAGCGUGCGGCAGGUUCUCUCGAAGUUAGGGCGGUUUGCGCAAGCGGUGACGGUUUUGCACACCUUUUCGCUGUUAUUCGCUGGUGAGGCGUUUUCUUUGCAACACGCUUUGCCUGCUCCCGGCGGUGACGCCAGUGAGCCGCCGCACCCGCAGCCACAAGGGGCAUGCGUGGACGAUCGGCCUGGCAGUGCUCUUCUGGGCUGCUCCUCGCCAGUUCCACCGUCGGCGGCAUUUGUUUCCUGUCGAUGCCCUUGCACGUUUAGUCGUCUUGAUGCUGUAGCGCUACAGGCUUGCCCAUUUGUGAGGAUCAGCCGUUCGAGCGACGCCGAAAA